AUGGCCAUGGCCGAUCCCUUCGAAGUGCGUAUGCGCUUCACAAACCAGCUGCAGCACCUAAACGCCUCCGUGACCUCCGCCCAAAAAGCCGCCAACUACGCGCUCAAAUACCGGGACAUGGACGAAGACCUGCACUCCUGUAUCCUGGAGCAGCUAGAACGUAACAACAUGAACAACCGCGCAAACAUAAUGUACUUCAUCGAGCACCUCUGCACCACCGCGCAGCGCGAAUCCCACCCUGACUACAUCCGGAUGCUACAGCGCGACAUCCUACGGAUCAUCGACGCCGUCGCGCCCGCCGACGGGUCCGGCGCCGCAAAUGUCAAAGUCGUGCGGCGCGUGCUGGCCAGCCUUCAAAAAAACGCCGUUCUCCUCCCGCAAACGGUCGUGGAGCUCGAAGAGUGCCUACGAGAGCGCGACGUCGCAGUUGCGCUGGGCAGCGAGGAUGACACGGCGAUGAACGGGAGCGCCGGUGGGGGGGCGGGGAGCAGGAUGGAGACGCCGACGGGACGGAAUGGGACGGUGGCGGGACGGUUGGAUAAGAGGCAGAUUGAGCAGAGGAUUGAGGAGGAUAGGGAGAGGCAUAAGCGGCUGAGGGAGAGUAUAUGGGCUGUUAGUGGGGAGGACGACAUCGAGUUUGAGAAGAUGUGGGAGGAGGGUAGUGAUAUUGGUGAUGAUGAUUUUUUCGCUGCGGAGGAGGAGGCGGCGGAGAGGAGGAUGGCUGUUGAGUUUGAUGAUGGCUGA